CUAAGUCAGGCACAUAUGGGGUUUGUAUCACGUGAUUCGCGUUACCAAGGCGGCAAGGCCUGAGCUUGGCGCGUCUGGCAGCCAAAUAAUUGACGGCGUAGCCUUUAUGCUCUUGCUUGCCAUACCUUUACCGUCCUUUUAAUCUCAUAUUUGCCUUCUUUUCUCCUUGUUAUUAGUAACGAGAUAUAGGCCAAAGCUACACGCAUUGACUAUAAUAACUGGCUGAUCGUUGUAUCUCGCAACAUUUCAUUUGCGACUUUAUCCCAAGUUGAUCCGUCUCAAGAGCCACAAGUCGAUGAUUUGCGCUUCUCAACGCCCAACAAAUAUCUGUGUGCUCUGAGCGCGGCUCAGUAAUAUCUUAACAUGGCGUUCACCGUCCCAGAUUCCAGCCCUCCUUCUACCCCGGACAAAUCGCGAAGCCUUUUCAGCAAUCCUUCGACAACGCCUGCGGGUCCGCCUCCCUCGUCCGCCGCGUCUUUUACUCCGCACGGCGUACCGAAUUCGUCGACAUUUGGAAACUCCCAAAUGGGAUCCCGGUCGAAUCUUAGCUUCUCAGAAUCGGGAUUUGGUCAAUCGACUAAUUUCGGAGGGAAUGACAGUCUCUUCUCGUCGUUCUCUUCAUCGAAGCUUCCCCCGUUGCAGAAUGCGAAGAGCUCCAUUUUUUCUGGGUCUUUUGGAAAUCAAAUGGGCUUCAAGCCUGUUAAUGCCAGCGGUAACCUGAAGGUACGGAAUAAGCGACCACAUAACCUGAGCCAAAUGAGUGCAGCAAGUGAGGACUGGGUAGACGAAGGCGAAGGUGAAGAAGAAGAGGAGGAGGAGGAGGAAGUGGAAGAAGAUGAAGCAUCUGGGGAAGGCGAAGACGAUGAGGAAUAUGUAGACGAAGGUGAUGAAGAGGGAGAUGAAGUAGAAUAUGAAGACGAUGAAGAGGCAAACUUUGAGGAUGAUAUGGAGAUGGAACCUACAAACAAUAAAAUGGACGCAUCUUUAUUUGGGGGUUUCAACUCGACAUUCAGUCCACUCCGCGGUCAAAAUCCUGCUCCUGCACCAAAGCGGAUCUAUUCUAAUCCUGGCAAUGCGAAGCGAGCCAAAAUUGAUGAGCAAUGGGCCACAUCGUCACCUGCGUCGGCAAAGGCAAAGCUUAUUCCACGAAAAAGGCCUUCGCAAUUCCCAAUUAUUGCUCGCGAUCUAGCUGCCCGGACCAAAAUUGCCGCCGUUACAGAGCCUGGUGAGGUGGUACUUCCAACGGACGAGUGCAUCGGAGAAUUGCUAGAUAAGCUUCAGGGACCCGAAGUUGGUGGUGGUGAGGCUGCCGCUAUGUUCUCGGAAGCAGCGACGACUUUGACAGACAUAUGGACUAAGGCUUGUAAAAAGGAAAGUGAACACACUGGCCAACACCAACCCAGUGGCACCUUUGGACCCGGUGAAGAUGCAUCCGGCAUCGAAAAAGCCACCGUUGUCGCCUCUCUGUUACUACAUCUUCAUCACCCUCCUCGUAAAGACCGCACAGGCGGAUACCUCAGAACGUCAGGGAUUCCUACAAACAGCCGAAGUCUGGUAGUAUCAGGCUCCAGCGCCAAUAAGGAGGUUCCUAUCCCUAAGGUUUUAGUCGACUGGCUGAACGAGAAUCAUUCAGGCUCUGCACAAGAGGUCGAGGCUUUACAGCAGACGAGCCCUAACCCGACUGCUUCGCGAGACUUUUGGGAUAUUAUCCAAGCGGGCGUUCUCCGUGGCCGAUUUGGCGACAUGGCUCAUCUCCUUCGCGAGGCUGAUUUCAAUUAUGCUCGGUCAGCGUUGCAGGAUGGGCUUUCUCAGCCAGGAUAUCGUGGUGCGCAGUUGCAAAGUAUUCAAAAGGUGGUCAAUAAAGCCAUUCAGAUGCUUGAAUCUUCUCCUCUUGUCCAGGAGAACGAUUGGGAUGUUACUGGUUUCGACUGGACUGCAUACAGAAAGCGUGUUCGCUCUGCACUGGCGGAGUUGCAAGAUUAUGCAGAAGGCGAAGAUCCAGUGCAACCCUCAACUGGCCCUCGCUUCGAGGCGUCAAAUUUUGGAAUGUCAACUAAUUUUGGUGCUUCUCAGUCCGGAAUAUCAUUCACUCAAUCACUGCGCAUGGCCGAGAGUCGAGUACCGUGGUCGAUAUACCAGGGUAUCAAAGGAAUUUACGGAAUCAUCAUCGGGGAAAGCUCGGCUAUUAUAUCUGUUUCCCAAGAUUGGAUCGAGGCAACGAUUGGGUUGACAGCUUGGUGGAGCGGCGAAGAAGACGACCAGUCUACUGGGCUUACCAACAUGCGAAUGUCUUCUACUGUUGAUAGAAGCUUGCAGGAAACGUAUCUCCGCCGCCUCAACUCUAGUUUCAGCACCGUCAACGGCGAUGAGGGCGCGUUCAGUCCGAACCCUCUGGAAAGACUGGAUGUUGGGGUAGCUUGCGCAUUUGAGGGUAAUGUGAGAGGGGCCCUUGGGAUACUCGAAACAUGGUCGCUGUGUCUUGCUGCAUCUGUAGCGGAGAUAGCACAUGAAGCUGAAUGGCUAGAGUCAAACUUCGGUGGCGACUCACUGCCGGGAUUACUGAAUGAGAAUGAUCUGAUGGUACUUUCUUACGGACAGGAUAGUGGUAACGCUGAACAGCUGGAAAAGGACGAUAUUCUUGAUGACUACGCACACGGCCUUAGCGGCAGGGAUAAGUUCCAAUACAACGGAGUAUCUCGCAAAGGCUGGCAAAUGGCUUUGGAAGUGCUCAGCAGGAUGGAAGAUACAAAGUGGUCGAAAGACAGAGUGGCUGAAUUAUUGGACCAGAUCCCUGUCAACACAAUCGACCAGGUGGAACAGAUGAUUGUCAUGUGCGGGGACUUGGGAUUUGAGGAACAAGGACGGAAGAUCGCUGCGAAUUACGGAGACGAGAUUAUGGCAGCUGCCAAGUCUAACAGGGAAUGCGAUUAUGGUCUUGCGAUGAUUUGUUAUGCUCGCGCCAGGUCGAUUCGAAAGCUGCGGGAUAUUGUAAAUACACUGAUUGCCUAUUCUUUACAGCAAUCUCGAGCAUGGCCCCCCGAUGAACAGCUGGGUGGACAACUCCGAUCUCUAGUCAAGAAUCCGAGAGUAUGUCUGUCAUCAAUCGCAAAGGUUGACGAAGAAGCAGCAGGCAUUCUUCAAUUCUACGCUAGCGGCUAUGCAACACUUCGUCGAUUUUACGAUCUCCGUGAUGAGCCUGUCUUGUCAGAGUCUGGAAAGAGUCAAUUACGGCCAUUGGCAAGGAAACGAGCUGCUGCCGAAGCGCUAGUUGCCGUCAUCCGAAGUGCCGCAGACAGCAUUUACGGUGGUCUAUAUGACCCAGAUCAGGACACUGCCGUUCUUGUCGACAAUCUCCUUUCUCUUCUUGGUGAAGCCCUUGUUUUCGUUGACAAUCCCCCAUCAUCCAUUCUCUCCAUCGAACAACAAUCCACCAUACUCGCUGCAAUUGAAGACCUUGAAACCGUCACACCACGGGUCUUCACUGCAGUCCAAGAAUUCUUCUACGAGUGUCUGAACGAAUACAUUUUCGAAAAGACAGGCAAACCAAGCAAGGACUCAUCUACACUUGCAGCAGGUCUCAAAAAGUCCACAUCGACUCUGACUGCAUCUAGCAGCUACUCCAUGAUUGACAGGGAAAUGGCUGACUCCAUGGUUACCAACAACACAUCUACCACCACAACCUCCGGCAUUCUCAUCCCACGUCCUAACACCAUGAACGAAUCUGCGAAACCGAUCCGCCGAGGAUGGGACUGGCGAGCAGGUCUUGCCGCAUCCACAGCGUCAUCAACAGCGGGGGAGAGUAACAAUGGCGAUGGCGACGAAAAGACGAAACCGGAUAGCAAAUUACUGUGGAUAUUGAGGUUGAGGUUAGCUAAAGGAAUGGUUUUGCGAUAGACCACGCUGCGUCGACUUAUUAUUGUAAUCAUGCUUUUGACAUACAAGGAAUCGUAAUAAAAGGGAAUCGCAUCUCUUCUUCCAUUUUCAUUCUUGUGGGCAUGUGAAGUGUAAUCAAUAUGGCAUGUCUUCUGCUCCUUAGGUGAAUAAUGCUUCAAUAGUACGAAUAUAAUGCCUGGAAUCCCAAGUGAGCACAAAGCUGACGCGGCAUAUUCCCUCUGGCCGUUAUCUGGUGUUUCGGGACUGACAUGCAUACUU